UCCUUCUUCUUUGCUUAUCGUAACUAUUCGUGCUCGCUGAUAUAUGAGAAAGCACUUGUUGACUGUAAAUAAUAGAAGUGUGUUGAAAUUUCAAUAGAUUUUUCUCUGGCAUACAAACUGGCCGUAGAUCAUGAUUUAAAAAUCGGACUGCCAUUAAAAAUUGAUUUUUUCUGAAGAGAGAAAAUAAUCUCGAAUUCCGUUGAAAAAAAUUGCAUCUGUUAUCAAUCACCGAGACGCUUCGUCGAGUUUAUCAAUUGCGUGCGUGCCGUGGGUCACGAUGGCUGCGAGAGGCAUUCAUAACCUGAGAUUCAAUCAGGAUCAAGGUUGUUUCACAUGCUGUAUGGAGUCUGGACUAAGAAUCUAUAAUGUUGAUCCGUUGGUCGAGAAGGCACAUUUCGAUAACGAUUUAAUGGGAAGUAUUUCCAUAGCUGAAAUGCUCUGGAGAACGAAUGUGAUUGCCGUAGUGGGCGGCGGUAACCGUGCUAAAUUUGCCGAUAAUACUGUUCUAAUUUAUGACGAUCUGUCAAAAAAGUUUGUCAUGGAAGUAACCUUUACCAGUCCUAUUAAAGCAGUCAGAUUGCGAAGGGACAAAAUGAUAGUGGCGCUACAGCGAGAGAUUCACGUCUUUUCAUUUCCCACACCCGUUCGAAGGUUGCUGACGCUCGAAACUAGAGACAAUCCAACAGGUUUGGUAGAAAUAGCAACGUUCGCGACAGCACAGAGGCAAUUGCUCGCCUUUCCUGGCCAUAAACUCGGUAGUGUACAAUUGGUAGAUCUUGGAGCUACUGAGGCUGGUAGUUCCAGUGCACCUGUUACUCUUUCAGCACAUCAGGGUGCACUAGCGUGUCUGGCAGUUAAUGGAAAUGGAACCAUGAUCGCGACUGCGUCUGUUCAGGGAACUUUAAUCAGAGUGUGGGACUCUGUGCGCAGAAAUUUAUUAGUUGAAUUGAGACGCGGUGCCGAUCCUGCUACACUCUACUGCAUAACGUUUAGCAGAGACUCAGAAUUCUUGUGCGUCUCAAGCGAUAAAGGGACAGUGCAUAUAUUUGCUUUGAAAAAUACCAGCUUGAAUCGACGAUCCACCUUUUCAAACAUGGGUUUCCUGGGCAAUUACGUCGACAGCCAAUGGGCACUGGCUACCUUUACAGUACCUCCCGAAUGUGCCUGUGUAUGCGCGUUUGGUACACACAAUUCUGUGAUAGCUGUGUGUAUGGAUGGCACGUAUCACAAGUAUGUCUUCACUGCGGAGGGCAGUUGUAAUCGACAAGCAUUCGAUGUCUUCCUUGACGUGUGCGACGACGAUGAUUUUUAACACAAGGCUUACCAUGUGUGUGUGUUGUGUGUGCAUGUAUGUGUAUAUGUGUGUAUAAUUACAAGGCUAUGUACUUGCAACGAAAUUUCUAGUCGAUUAUGAAUGAAAUUUCUUGUAUGUGAUAAUUGUACAGGUAAUCGAAUGUCCGAUUAUGUGGAAAGUACAUAAGUCAUGGGAAAAAUAAUACCCCAUAAAGUCCUUGAGUACAAUCUCUUUUUAUGACUUGUGUACUCUUCAUAAUUAAUUAUACAGUUUUAAUAAAUAUUAACAUUUAUUUUGUACAACAAA